CUUUAAAAUGGACUUCAGCUCUCCUUUCACCCUGCAGUGCUUGCUGGUGGUAAUCACUGUUACUCAUGGCUCUGUCAUCUGGACUGGUGUUCUCAGCGGUGGGUCAGCAGUCUUUUCUGUGGGAGUGCAAAGUCUGCAGAACCUCUCCAGAAUGAGCAAGGGGGACAAGAGAUGCUUGACAGCUGUCUUAAAUGAUACCUUGUUGGCAGAGUGUGGCACUUCUGCCAGCAGAUGUCUGAACUUGCAGAAUGGCUCCCUAGUGCUGAGGAGUGUGGAGAAAGAGGACGAAGGAAAUUAUGAGUUUGUUUUUCAGAACACCACCAGAUCUUUUAAGCUGGAAGUAUUUGAGCCUUCCAUUGACAUCCAGUGCUUCCCUAACGGGACCGGAGAGCUGUACUGCGACGUGAGCAGCGAGCAGAGCAGCAGCUUCCGCUGGCUGCUGAACGGCAGCGCGCUCAGCGCGCCCGAGGCGUGCGUCAAGGACGGCGGCAAGAAGGUUCGCCUGGACAAGACCGUGCCUGGGGAAUUUGUGUGUGAGGUUCACCAUGGGAACACCAUCACGAGGACCAGGCCCGUUGUGCUGUCCUGCAACUAUGGAGACCUGCUGCAGUACCCGUGGUUCAUUUACAUCCUGGCAGGGUGUGCAGGGGGUGUGGUUAUCCUGGUGGUGGCUGUGUCCUCGGCCAUAUGUUGCUGCAUGAAAAGGAAACGCAAGUUCAUUCCAGUGCCUUCAGAGGAGGAGAAAGAUGAUGGACUAGCCAUGUCCAUGAUCUCCAGUGAAGGUAUGAAGAGUCCUCCCAAUGGAGACCACGUCGAGGCUCAAGCUGCCCAAAUUGACUGCCCUUCAAAGCCUGACACUGCCCAAACUGGUCAAGGCACUGAGCCCCAGGCCUUCGUGGAAGAAAAUUUACCAGUGGGGACAGAGCCCGAGGAAAUACCAGACCCAGAGGUCAUCGUUGAUGUGGAAAGCCAGGAAAAUGCCUCAGACUGUUUCCCAGAUCCAAGUGAUAACUGAUCUGGCGUGCUUGCUGUUCCACCCUGGCUUGAAGCCUAUGACACCUGUCCUUUGCAUCCCAUAGUCUCAUUAUGUACAAGAAUUGGUUCAGAAAAAAAUUAGCAGGGGAAACUGCUGAGGUUUCAGGCCUGAUAACCUCAUUUAAAAGACCAAAAGAGAAGAAAAAGCAGAGGCAUGGCUUCCCUUCUGUGCUGCUGUGGGCUGAGAGGUUCACUAACAAACCAGACUGGGCAGCUCUUUAGUGCUUUGUCUGUUAAUAGACCUGCAGUUAAUCACUGAAGGCCUGGAGGACAGCUGAAAUGAGACAGGUCCUCCUGCUCCCUGCCCACCACACACCUUGCCAUGUCCUCACCAGGCAGUGGUUCCUGCAAGGGAUAGGCUUCACAGGUGGAUCGAAGUGGCCUGCCAGUCCCAGAGAGAAACAAAGACCUGGCAGAAAUUUCCUGAGAGAGCCUCUUCUAGGAGAUUUCAAGGCAUUUUUUUCCCCACAGGCCCUGGAAAAAGCCAACCAACCAACUCGUUGGAGGUUUCAGCUAGAUAGGUGCUGCGCCAGACGUUUAUCUGAAUCGCUGCUCUGAGCUCCUUUGUGACUUGUGCCUCGCUGCUGGCUGUGUGGGGCCGGCAGGGCUGGGCAGGGCUGCUGCCUGCAGACCCCAGGGGGUGAUGCUGGCUCGCUCCCCUGUUGAUACGCUGCGGUGGCAGGGGGCUACUGAUCGUGUUUUGCCAGGACCUAACUGCUUGGGUCACCAGUGAUUGAAACACCUCUGUCACUAGCUUGCUUGCUUGCUUGCAGCAGAAGGGUGCCUGGGGCUGGGCUGUGUAAUUCGGGUAGAAAGGCUGAUUGUAAUGCUGCGAUUGCUCGUUAGUGCAAGCAUUAGUGCCUUUAGCGUAACGGCUUGGCUCCUGCGAGCUGAUGGAGCUGGCCAUCUGCCCGUGCACGCAGGCUUCCUCACUGCUGUGUUAUUUGCACAGACAGCAGCAAUUUAUGGAAUCUCUUAGGCAAGUCUUGCUGCUACACAAGUAGCACAUCCUGUUCUGCUCAGGGGAGGUUUGAGAGCAGAGCAGCUGGGGCAGACCUGCUGAGCAGAAGGAUGAGGUGAGGAGAGGGCAAGGGUGGCUGGUCCCAGGCAGCAGGUAGCUGGGACCCUGGUGAAGCUGCCAGGGGCUGCUGGGCUGUCAGGCCACAGAGAGUGCUGCAGGAUACACUGCCAAAGUAUUUAGUGUAUAAGUGGAUUUUGGUAUUGGAAGCCAGACAUGUUGGUGUCAAACUAGCCCGAGGGGCUAGGAAUGCAUGGUAGUGAAAAGGCAGAGAUGGUAGAGACUGGGGCUGGAAAGGGUGAGAAGUGUGUGUUGCACGACUCUCUUGCUGUUAUGACCCUUUUUAUGUCGUGCUGACAUUGUGCCACGAAGCCCUCGGAAACAGAGUUAAGGUACACCUUGUACGUGCCCCCCAAGGAGGCCCGCAAGCUCCGCAGUACCUUCAGCCCACCGCAGCGCUUCCCUGCCAGGCGGGGGCGCUGCUGGACCAGCUGCGUGCGUACCUGAACUACUUCACGUCUGCGCUCACGGCGAGGCUCUGCGUCGGUGAUGCCCAGCCUUAGGUGCUUGUUCUUCUUGUUUCCCUGUGCCCUCACUCCGUUUUGAAGAGUUUUGGAUCUGAUGGGCUGUGUUGAUGGUAAUUCAGCCUGCCUGCUUUUUAAGGCUGCCAUAGGAGUCAGAUUUUCCACGGUAGGAGGGAGAUGAUAGUUCUUCUCCUCAUGGUGCUGAGCUGUCUCCUUUCAAGUAAAAGCAAUCCUCGAAGGCUGGGAGGUGAACGACAAAAGUGCGACACCAGGCUCCCGGAGGGGCAGCACAGUGACCUGGAUGCUGGUGAACGGUGUCACUGAAAUGGGGGGAUGCAGACAGCUUUGCUUCUCUCCUGCACUUCCUGGCAGGGGCAGGCAGGGGACAGUCGACUCCAAUACAUGCUUCAAGGGCUGGAGGGUGCUCUGAACUUCACUGGAGAGGCUGCUGUGGGGUGAGGGUUGGGCCAGUCUGCUCCUGCCGGGCCGGUGCGCUGCGGCUCCGGCUUUCCCCAGCGCUGCCUCGCUGCUCUUAGGCGGCUCUUAGCACCCGUCCCUGGGGUAACCCCAAGCCGGGAGGGACUUUUUGUAUUGAGAUGGGAGUAGAAGGCAUCUUUGCAAGGCAGAUAGGACCCGGCCAGUGUUCUGUCCUUGCCUGCUGAAGGUGCAGCUGAGCAGUGGGGCAAAGGUUUCUGUUUCUGUGCGGCAAGGAGAGAAGUGGUGCAGGCUGUGCUCUGUCAUUAACUCUGUGUGCUCAUGCCCAGUCAUUGUUCUUUUCAGGUGUGGGUUGUUUUUUUCCCCCACAGUAAUUUUGCUCCUAAUAAAAAGACCUCUUUUCUAACUUA